AUGGAGAAGCACAAUCUCAGCGUGGUGAGAGAAUUCAUCCUGAUGGGCAUCACGGAUCGUCCUGAGCUGCAGGCACCCUUGUUCGCUCUGUUCCUCGCCAUCUAUGCUGUUUCUGUGGUGGGCAACUUGGGCAUGGUCAUCCUCACCACAGUGGACUCAAGGCUGCAGACCCCAAUGUACUUUCUCCUCAGACACUUGGCUCUCACUGACCUUGGAUAUUCUACAGCUGUGGGGCCCAAAAUGUUGGUCAAUUUUGUAGUGGAUCAAAAUAAAAUAUCCUAUACCUUUUGUGCUGCACAACUUGCCUUCUUUCUUUUUUUUAUUGGAAGUGAACUAUUUAUUCUGUCAGCCAUGUCCUAUGAUCGCUACGUGGCUAUUUGCAACCCGCUGCUCUACACCGCUAUCAUGUCACAGAGAGUGUGCUGGGUCUUGGUAGCAACCCCUUAUCUCUACAAUGUAUUUGUUUCUCUUCUCGUCACUGUAAAGAUGUUCACUUUAUCCUUCUGUGGCAACAAUGUCAUCAAUCAUUUCUUCUGUGACUGCAUCCCUCUGUUACCGUUGCUCUGCUCAGAUACACGAGAAAUUGAAUUGAUCAUCGUGCUGUUGGCGGCUUUUGAUUUGAUCUCCUCACUUCUACUCGUCCUGGUGUCCUACCUGCUCAUCCUGGUAGCCAUUCUCAGGAUGAAAUCAGCAGAAGGCAGGCGCAAGGCUUUCUCCACCUGUGGGUCCCACCUGACCGUGGUUACAGUCUUCUAUGGAACACUGAUAUUUAUGUAUGUGCAGCCUAAAUCCAAUCAUUCCAACAAUACAGACAAAUUGUCAUCUAUAUUUUAUACCCUGAUCAUUCCAAUGCUAAAUCCUCUGAUCUACAGCCUGAGGAACAAAGAUGUGAAAUAUGCCUUACAAAGGAUGUGGAAGAGAAUAAGCAAUGUCUUUUCUUAA